CUUGCUCGCCUUUCCUUUGGCGGAUCGCCCGCUCGUCGCUCUCUUUCAUCCGCUUCCCAGAGAGAGACAGUGAGAGAGAGAGAGAGAGAGAGAGAGAGAGAGCGAGCGAGGGAAAAGACUCAAAGAGCGAUCAAUUUAUCAAACCCUAAUUUCCCCCCCUUCCCUUCAUGUUUUUUCCCCGGCCAUCGGAGACCGAGGAGGAAUUCGCGCCGCUCCCGUCGAUCCUGAGCUGCUCGCCAUGGCGGAUACCCCUCGGCGAAGGUUCUUGAUAGGGUACGCCCUCGCCCCCAAGAAGCAGCAGAGCUUCAUCCAGCCCUCGCUCGUGGGCCUCGCCGCCGAUCGGGGCAUCGAUCUCGUCCCUAUCGACCCCGCCCGCUCCCUCGCGGACCAGGGCCCCUUCGAUUGCAUCCUCCACAAGCUCUACGGCGACGACUGGAAGGCCCAGCUCCAGGAAUUCGCCGCGCGGUACCCUGACGUCCCCGUCGUCGACCCCCCUCACGCCAUCGAGCGCCUCCACAACCGCAUUUCCAUGCUCCAGGUCGUCUCCGAGCUCGAGAUCCCCCAGGAUCAGGAGACCUUUGGGAUCCCCAGCCAGGUCGUGAUCUACGACUCCGGCGCCCUCUCCAACUCCGGCGUCGUUGGUGCCCUGCGCUUCCCGGUCAUCGCAAAGCCCCUCGUCGCCGAUGGAAGCGCCAAAUCCCACAAGAUGUCGCUGAUCUACCACCGCGACGGCCUCCUCAAGCUCAAGCCGCCUCUAGUUCUCCAAGAAUUCGUCAACCAUGGCGGGGUCAUCUUCAAGGUCUACGUCGUCGGGGACUACGUCAAAUGCGUCAAGAGGAAGUCCCUCCCAGACGUCUCCGAGGAGAAGCUGGAGUGCACCCAGGGCUCAAUAUCCUUCUCCCAGGUGUCCAACAUGACGGCGCAGGAUCGGACCGGGGAGCAGUAUUACGAGUCGAUGCAUUUGGAGGAGGCGGAGAUGCCGCCGCUGAGAUUUGUCACCGAGAUCGCCCGGGGGCUGAGGCGGGUGAUGGGGCUGCACCUUUUCAAUUUCGAUGUGAUCAGGGAUGUGAAGGUUGGGAACCGGUAUCUCAUCAUUGACAUUAACUACUUUCCUGGGUAUGCUAAAAUGCCAUCCUAUGAAAAAGUUUUGACAGAGUUCUUUUGGAAUAUUGUCAAUAAAAAGAAGGAAGAGGAUGGAUCAAAUCCAACUUCGAAUGAUGUUGACAAUGAAGGAGAGAUUUUGGUCGAUGAUCAUUUGGGGACUGCCGGAGAAGUGGAGAAUGUGUGCUGACAUCCAAAAAUUUGCGGUAAUCUUGUUUUUUUCGAGCACUAAAAGGGUACUCUUUGCACUCUUCUGCGAAUUUCAGAUGAUCAGAGCAAUGUGAAUGUCAUUGCGAGUUGUCGUAUUUGGCUGAAUAAAUAGGUUGGGCAAUUCGAGGUUUCUGACUUCUGGAGGGGUUCAUUUGGUAUCUCAUACAGACAAUGUACAUCCUUCCUUUUGUGGUAAUCAUUAGGUAGCCUUUGUUUCUUUAAUUUCCUUGUCUGAAUACUUAGAAUUUUAGGAAUAUCUGUCAUGUAUGCCGAACGCUUUUGCUCCAAUUUUUACCAAGAUGGCAUUUUGAAUUAACGAUUCUUGUCUCUUCUCCUUUACUUACAAUUCCUUUUCCUGAAUUGCAUACAAGGUGGCUGAAUCAAACAACAAUUAUUUUGUCGUUUGUUAUUGUGCUUCAUGGCUAUCUUGGAAUAUAUUUAUUUCAACAAUUGUAGCACUGUGCUGGAUUUCUUGUUUAGAUUAAGAUUCAUGCACUACGUGUUUAAGAAACAUAGGUGGGAAGCAUGAAACUGAUCUCAUCCUUUUUGUGUUUGACUAUAUGCAUCUUCCCUUGAAAGUCAAUUGUGUCGAAUUGGUAAAUCUUGUUAAGUCUUUUAUUAUUGUUGCCAUCCUUACAAUUUUCCCCUUACGCCUUCCUCUUCUUUUGUUGUCCCCCAAAUAGUCAACGUAUUUGGAAGGCCUAUGAGGUUAAGGAAUAUUUUGCAUUGGACAUUAUGGAAAAAGGAGAGCACAAGAGUAUUUGAGAAGACAAGCGGACUUCUUUCAUAGUUUAGGACUAAGACCUUUCAUGAUCCAAUCAUCUUAGGUCCUUAUUCAUGUUAGAAAGCUAUUCAAAUAUGACCACAAAUAUCAAUGUAAUACAUCAAAUUUGUAGAAGAGCCUUUUGGCUUAUCUUCUGCUUGCUAGCAGAAUUUUUUUAAUGCAAUUUUGAAGAAGCAUUUAUCAAUACAUUGAUGUAUAUUUAAAGUCCUGGAGAAGAGAUUGCAAGGACAAGAUAUUUGAUUAGCAUGGCUUGCAAGGAAAAUGGAUGGCUGGCUUGAUGUGAUGACCUUGGCAGUUGAAUCAUUUAAAGGGGAGGUCAUCUAGCUCCAGUAAAAAGUAAACAUAGGAAUGACUUGAUUGUAAAAACCAAUCAAGCAAUAUUUAAGACUCCUUUUUUUUUCCUUAUUAAUUCUCAUAGGAGAUAUGUGCUGAGCGUGUAUCACGAACUCUCUAUUAAUCAAACUACACAAUCUUAAGCAUGAUCGAUUAACAAAAUUAGCACAUCGUGAGAUAGAGAUAUGGAUUAAUCAUUGCUUAUAAUUAUAAACUUGGAUUCAGAGCAUGGUAUGUCAUACCAUACCAAAUCAUAUAGUAUGGGGCAUACCGUACUGUAUUAGUUUGGUACUGAUAUACAGUACAAGGGGCGUACCAACACUCGGUAUGCCAAACUGGCCUUCGUACCGGGCAUACCGAUAUAGUGACAGGAUGGCACCGGUACAGAUUCCGGUACUGAGAUGGUGUGCCUUGAUUCAAAGGAUGGUGAGAUUCUGAAUUUGAGAAUUUAGGGCCACAAAUUUAUUGCUUUAGAUCUAAAUACUACUUGUGGCUCACGACCAUGGCCUUUAAAAACAUGGCUUUGCUUGUGUGAAUCAUAAAAUUGUAUGAGCCAAAUAAUUUUGAGGUUUAUGUGGAGGCGAAUGAAUCUAGAUGUUUCACUCGUAUGAAUGGAUGAAAACAGAAAUUCCUACUACUUGGCUCUUUAGUUGUGACAUCUUCGCUUGGUUAUGAUAGCUGCUAACAAGUGAAGAAAUGUAUAAUUUGCAAAUAGAAUGUAAGAGGAAUAUGCUGUGGGAUUGAUAACAGAUGGCUUAUCAAAAGGCCUGGUAAUUCAGAUGGAUUGAGAUGAAGGAGUUUUUUCAUAGAGCAUUUCUUCCAACCGACUAUUAUAAGCAACUGCCUCAGCAACUUUGUAAAUUCCAGCUAAAAGUGUGCUGUUAUUUGAUGCAUGUUUCUAAGUAUUUAGUAGGUAGAAGAUAUCUUGCCUGCUACAUCUGAUGCAAUCUUCAGAACAGCUAUAUAGAAUAUUAGGAUUUAAUUUUUUUUUCGGACAAAGGAAGAAGCAUAGGUUAAAAGCAAACAACAUCAAAAAUUGGCAUUCCCUGGAUCUUCAUUCACAUUGUUUGUUGUAUUUCCUAAAUCUGAUCUUCCUCUUCACAAGUCUUCUUUUAAGAAUGAAGUAAACCUCUCAUGAGUUAUCUGCUUGUAGGGUGGCAAGACAUAGAUAACAUGUUAUCGGGAAUAAAAUAACAUUGUUUUACUCUCACAAGAGCAGUGAGGAACAACAGAGACAUGAGUUAAUGGCUCUGGUAAUGGAUGGUAUUAUGAAUGGAAAAGCCUUCUUCAAAGUUUGUAGGUAAAUAUUUUCAGGCCGAAAAUACAAUAUUGUAGACAGGCGAUAUAUGGAGAUAUUUGACACAGCUCAAUGUCAAAGGGACCCAUUUAUUUUUAGGUUUUUUAGAUGCUGAUGCUUUUGGAUGCUUGAAUGUGGUAGGGAUGCGAGAUAACAAUCCUAGGUAAGUUUAGAUGAAGUUCUAUCAAAUUUUGAAUAAUUGAUUUGGAAGAGUUGCCCUCAAAUGAUAAAAGAGCACCAGCUGUUACUUCUUUCUCUUUAGCAGGUAAUGUUCCAGGGCAUGAAGGUAAAUUCCUUCGUGAACAUUCUUGAAGAAUUUGGAACAGAGCUCAAGGAUUCUCCACAAUAUUGACAGUGCUAUUUCGGUAUCCCUCUGAUUAUGGUGAUUGAAAUUGAGCAUUUAGAGGAUGAUGUUAUGUGGGUGCAGGUCACCUGACAAGAAAUUGUGGUGGAUUCUAGUGGGAAGAAAGAUUGUUAAGAGCUCAAUUGCUCAGAGUGAGGACUGCUAAAGCAAUUCUAUGGUUUUUGGCUGUGAAUUCAGGCUAUAUUAAGCCUAACACAAAAUAUGGAAGCGGCUUAUUUAGGUCUGACGGGAGACUCAAGUGGUGGUGUCACUCAUGCUAGCUUACAUGAUGAGUCUAGAAAGAUUAGCUGGUUGUCUUCUUGCAAUGAAGUACAGCAGGACUUCUAUUUUUCAGUAUAUGUAUAUGUUUAUUACAAAGGCCUUUGAUAUUCAGAUUUGUUAUUUCAAUGUAUUAGCCCUUGAUAUGAAGUUGAAGUUGUUACAAAUUCCGACGGAAGCAUGAAAUGCUAAUUAUGUUGAUGUAUCUUUU